AUGAUUGACUCCGCAACCAUGAGCGGUGCUCCAAUCGCCGAGGAUAAUAUCAUCAAUCGACGUGGUGGAGAGUCGAUUUAUCAAAGUUGUGUGAAUCUCAGGAGGCGACUCUCGGAGGUCCCCAACUUUGAACCGUAUCUGCAAGAAAUGGACGAGGAGGAUCGAGAGAAGGGUAACACAGACCCCGUGUCUUCGCUGUGGCAAUGUCUGCGCAAUGGAUAUCCACUGUUGAGCAUCUACAAUGCCUCUGGACCAGACGAGGAGUUAAUAGUUGACCCGGCGAAAGUCACAGAGGGUAAACGUCCAAAGGCCGCAACCUUCAAGUUCCUCCAAGCUUGCUUGCAGGAUCUGGCGUUUCCCCAGCAGGAUUGUUUCUUAAUCACCGAUCUCUAUGGCGAAAGCACAACUGGCUUCAUCAAAGUAAUCAAGAUGGUAAAUCGAGUGAUCGACAUCCUCGAGAUGCAGGGCCACCUAAACCGUUCUGAUGUUACCGAUGCGCCGGUUGGCGCGCAAGGUGUCGUGAAACUCACCAAGCGUGAACACAUUCUCAAGGAGCUGCUAGAGACGGAGCGCGAUUAUGUCCAUCACUUGCAGAAUCUCCAAGCGCUCAAGAAGGAACUGGAGGAAACAGGUGCGCUCACUGGUGACUCUAGCCAUCAAAUUUUCCUCAACCUAAACAACCUAUUGGAUUUUGCCCAACGAUUUCUCAUCCGAAUGGAACAGCAUUAUGCUUUACCCGAGGACAUGCAAAAUUGGGGAAGUCUCUUUUCUUCGCACGAGGAGGCCUUGCGGCAGUAUGAGCCAUUCAUCGCAAACCAGAUGCGCUGCGAUCAGGUUUGUUUGAAGGAGUGGGAUAAAAUCAGGGCAGCCCCGCGCCAUAUAGACCUCCAGCAGAUGGUUGCGCAGCCAAAGACCCUGAAUGGUUUCUUUGUCAAGCCCUUUCAGCGGUUGACGAGAUGGCCGCUCAUGUUGACGGAACUUCGGAAACAAACAGAAGACCCUCAGCUCCAAGCCGAUAUCACGCAAGCAAUCGAUACCAUUCAGGAUGUCUUGGAUCAGGCGAAUGAAGCAAUCCACAAGGAACAUUUGGCCGCGGCGGUUGUGGAUCUCUCAGAACGAGUUGACGACUGGAAGUCGUUGAAGAUGGAUACCUUUGGGGAGUUGCUUCGAUUUGGCACUUUCGCUGUGGUCAAAGGCGAUAGUGGCAAAGAUAGCGAACGCGAGUACCAUAUAUUCCUGUUUGAGCGUAUUCUUCUGUGCUGCAAGGAUAUCAAUCCCAACAAACAGAAGACCAAGCUUAUGAUGGGUAAAGAUAGGCCCAGCCUCACCGCGAAGGGCAAACCUCGUCUUCAAUUGAAGGGUCGUAUCUACAUGGCAAAUGUCACAGAUAUUGUCUGUCUCCAGAAGCCAGGUCUUUACCGUAUUCAGAUUUUCUGGAAGGGCGACCCCGGUGUAGUUGAUAACUUUAUCAUUCGUUACUCAAACGAAGAUACAAUGCGCAACUGGUACAAGGACAUCGAUACUCAACGAACAAUUCAAUCGGAGCGACGCACUCUUCGACACACUGGUACAUCCGAUAGCGAAUUCACCUACAUGGAGGGCAUGGCUCAUAUGCCAAACCCAUACCAACAGGAGUAUGACGCGGACGACAAUACCAAAGACCCAUACUACUCGGAGUUUACAAUGAGCCGAAAUGCCUCGAGCACGAGCUUGCGCACUCGUUCCGCCACCGGCGGUAGUUCAAACUCCGUUCCCCAUGCCAAUGGCCGACCACGUUAUGGGGUUAAUGACCCGACGCUUUCUGUGCAUACCCAAUUCCCUACUCCUGGCAGCAUGUCACCAAGCGAGCGAAACACGAAUUCAUAUUUCUCCCCUACGGAAACCCCAUCUACACGCUCCAGUUCCCAGUCAGGGUUUUCUUUUGGGCGCCAGAAUACCAACUCGACUACUCCAUCGACGGUCUGGAAUGAAGAGUCGAACCGAUACACCGCACCGGCCUUGUCCCGUGGUCCUUCAAGAGAUGGGACGACCCCGACCGGAUAUUUCCCUCCUCAGCCCCAACCCAAUGGGCGGGGUGCUCAACGCCCGUCGCUGCCUCCACUUUCUGGUCCACAGGGACAGGCUCCCAAUGGAACGGCUCAACGCAUGCGUUCUGCCAGUAGCCCAGACAUUCACCACCACAACAACGCACCUCCGGAAUCCCGUCGGUAUAUGGGAGUCCAUACAAUGCAGACGGUUGACAAUGUGCCAGUGCCUCCUAUUCCCGCGCACAUGGCCAACAUGAAGGCGCCCGUCAACCGUAGCCAGAACAACUCUCCUACCAGCCAGCUUCCUAUGCGAUCUCAACCCCACGUUCACACCACGCAAUUCACCGAACCCGAGUACAACGAAACGCGCGGCUCGGGGCAGAUCUCCGACCAUGCUACAUCGCCCUUGUCUCACGAACCCGAUGGAGACCCUUUCAUGCCCACCCAGCUUAAGGCCAAAGUGAAUUUCGACGAUAAUUACGUCACGCUGGUGAUUGCUACCAAUAUCCUCUUCCGUUCACUGACGGAUCGUGUGGAUGCUAAGCUGGCCCGUUUCACGAACCGUUCGAUUGGCAACAAGACGGUCCGGCUACGGUACCGCGAUGAGGACGGCGAUUUUGUCACCAUUGACAGUGACGAGGCCGUCCAACUUGCUUUCAUGGAAUGGCGGGAGCAGCAUCGUGACAUGCUCGCCAAAGGCAUGGUGGGUGAGAUCCAGCUCUAUUGCCAGGUAGUUGACUAG